AUGGGUGACGAUACAACCAGUAAUCAACGAGCGACAGUACUUCGUGAUGCAGAAAUUGCCAUACUGGCUGCAAAUUCGAAACUUAAUGAAAGAGAAAUACGUGAGUUGUACGAUGAAUUUCUAACUGCAGAUAUGUCCGGUACGGGAAGAAUCAAUAAAGAGCAAUUCUGUAGAUAUUAUAAACAACUCGUGGGUAGUGAACAUGGACUUGAUGAUAUCGCUAAAAAUGUAUUUACUGUUUUCGAUGUGGAUCACGAUGGGACAAUUGAUUUCAGCGAAUUCGUUUUAGCUAAUGCUAUUGAAAUGAAGAACGAUCCGGAUAGUGUUUUAGAAUUUUCAUUUCACAUGAUCGAUACAUCAGGUGAUGAACAUGUUAACUUCGAUGAAAUUGUCGCGUUUGUCGAAAAAGGAUUGAAAUUAGGUAUUACGAAUGAAGACAAAACUAUAAUUGAUGCAAAGCAAAUAACCAGAGACAUAUUCGCAAUGUUUGGAAUAAACAAAACACAGAAAUUAAACAAACAACAAUUCGUAUCCGGAUGUAAGAGAAAUCAAGUUCUUUCUCACGUAUUCGGAAUGUGA